UUAUAUUGAGCUUGACGGACGUGCACGAGAGUUACCGACUUUCUGUUGGAGGCUAAAAACAUGGAAUCUUUGAGCUUCCGAGACUGUGAGGCAUGGCGGGCUGAGGGUCUUCCAUUGUCCACCAGCAGCAACGAAGCCUGUAAACUAUAUGACGCUAUUCUCACUCAGUAUGUCACCUGGCGUAACAUUGGAAGCGUUGGAGGAGUGGAAGGAUGCUUCUCGGCUAUCAAGGCUGCCGAUCCUAAUUUUGUCAUGGGCCAUGUGAUGAGCACAGGCAUGGAGCUGAUCGGAACGGCCAGCUCCCCCCGCCUGAACCAACGCCUGGCCAGCGCUGUGAAGAAGACCGUGGAGAUGGCCAGCUGCCAGAACAUCACGCAGCGGGAGAAGCUCCACGUGAAGGCCAUGGAGUUGUUCUCACUUGGGAAUUUUCCAAAGGCUUGUGACGUUUGGGAAGAAAUCCUGGUGGAUCAUCCCACAGACUUUCUCGCCCUCAAGUUCGCCCACGAUGGCUACUUCUACAUGGGCGCCAAAAUCCAGAUGAGGGACUCCAUUGCUCGAGUGCUGCCUCACUGGAAGCCUCACUUCCCUUUGUCCAGCUACCUGAAAGGACUGUAUUCCUUUGGUCUGAUGGAGACCCGAUUCUAUGACCAGGCUGAGAAAGUAGCCAUGGAGGGCCUGGCUCUGGUUCCAGACGACGCGUGGUCCGUGCAUUCCGUCGCCCAUGUCUAUGAGAUGAAAGCGGAGGCGGACAAGGGCUUGAAGUUCAUGGAAAGCCGAGAGAAAGACUGGCGGGUAUCUGACAUGCUCGCCAGUCACAAUUAUUGGCACUGGGCGCUGUACUUCAUCGAGAAGGGGCAAUAUGAGGCUGCGCUGCAAAUAUUUGAUUCUGAGAUAUUCAAACGUUGCAAGGCCACGGGAUCCAUGUUGGACGUGGUGGACAGCAGCUCACUGCUCAGCAGGCUGGAAAUGGAGGGUGUCUGCGUGAAGGACCGCUGGCGGGAGAUGCUCCAGGUGACGCUGCCGCACACCGACGACCACGUGACCCUGUUCAACGACCUCCACUUCCUCAUGGCGUCCCUGGGAGCCAAAGAGACCGGAGCUUCCCAGCGUCUACUGGAAGGCCUCCAGGAAUUGGCUAAGACGCCGGGCGACAAUUACCAGCACGAGCUAGCAGGACCUGUAGGCGUGCCCGUUUGUCAGGCCUUGAUGGAAUACCAAGGAGGAAAUUACGGUCAAGCGGUGGAGUUAAUGUACCCCGUACGCUACCGUAUGGUGGAGAUGGGGGGCAGCGAUGCUCAGAGAGACGUCUUCAAUCAACUGCUUAUUCACGCGGCCUUGAAAUCGGACGAUAAGCACCACCAGAGACUCGGAAGAUGUCUUCUAGUGGAGCGUGAAGCGCUGAGGCCAAACUCCCCCCUGACUGAUCGCCUGAUGCGGAGAGCCAUGGCGCUGCACAUCUAGACGUUUUUUUUCCACAGGUUGGCUGUUCCUGCAACUUAUACUCCAGAGCAACUUAUUCAUUAAAAACAGUGUUUAUGUUCUAUAAGCACUAGGCACCUUUUCUGUUCAUGCUUAUUUUAUGUGUAGCUGUAUAACCAUUGUGUUAGCAUAUGUUAGCAUGUUCUCUGUUCUUUUAUUGUUAGAACUUGCCUUUCCCAGAGGACGUAAUGUCUGUUUUGGUCAAGUAGUUUGGAAAAUAAAUUACCCAAAAAAAUGCGACUU